AUAUUAUGUAUCUUUUAUGUAUAGCUUAAAUCAGUUGCCCAAUUCAUCAGAUAGCUUAAACCUAUUUUUUUCGCACGUUAGUGCUAUGACUCCCAUCUAUAACUACUAAUAGCUUCCCUCAUGAAUGGAGCAUGAUAUAUAGUAGUAGAAGAAUAUUUUUAAUAUGGCUAUAUGUUUCCUUUUUCAUAAUAGAUGAGUUAUAUUUUGUUUGGUAUUUUAGAGUAAUUAUAAAAUAAAUCAAGGAUUGUAAUGUAAUCUAUAUAUAUAUAAAAAUGUUUGCCUCCCUCCUGAAGUGUCCACGUGGAAACUCUUUUAUUAUAGAUGCAACACGUGUCCUGCUCGAAUGAAACUCAUCGUUUCAUUUUUUUUGGUGUGGGCUUUGAUUUUUCAUCUGGCCCGAGAAGUUGGAGUUUGUCUCUAACCCUAAUCCUGGAGAAUAUGAAUUGGCGUUCGUAAAUCGUCGUCAUACGACAUACAACGGCAGAAUGAUUCGACUUUAUCCUUUACCGGAUUCCAGAUCCAGUGACGAAAAUCAAAACUGUGGGAUACUCCUUUUCUUCAACCCGCAAAGAAUCUCCGCCGUAGAUCCGCGAGAAGCCGCGAACAAAGGAGGGGAAGCGAUCGCCAAGAACGAGGGCUUCUCGACAUCGGGAACACGGAGCUGGAGGUACUGGCCGAGCCGAGUGUAGGAAGCCACGAGAUCAGGGGAGUUAUAAUCUUCGAUCCAGACGUGGAUGGAAUAGUGAUUCGGCGGCGGAUUCGAUUAGAGAGAGGAGCUGGGGUCCAGAAAGAGGCGUCAUGGAGAACCGCCGCGGCUGUGACGACACGGUUGUUACGGGAGGAGAAGCGGAGAUUGCGUGCGAGGGGGAGGCGGCACAGGAUAAAUAUGAAGGAGAGGGUGGCUAAAUUGUGCAUGGGUGCUGGUGAUAGACGGGGAGAGAGAAAGAGUGGACAUGGUGUGUUGUGGAAUUUUUUUUUUUGGCCGGUAGUAGGAAAGGGCGGCCCGAGUAUGUCCUUAUCACCUGGAGAGAAGGCUACAAGAGCAAGCAGAGGGAGCUGGUGAAAUGGGUUUUGACUAGGAGGAUUACGAAUAGUGAUCUUGAGGCUGCUGAUCUUGAUGAAGAUGGAGUUGUUGGAGCUGCGGAGUUUAUAGUGUAUAACUGAAAGAGAUGGGGAAGAUUGAUGAAAAAGAUAUCUCUGGGAUCGUGGAAGAGUUUGAGAAGCUAGAUUACGAUGAGUCUAGAACUAUGACGACUUCUGACAUCGUUCUAGCUCAGAUGAAUCAGGAUCUUUGUUAUGUUAUAUAUGCACAUCACUUAACAACAACAAAAAGCAAAGGAAGUGAACAGUUUUUUUAGGAACUUUUGUAUGUUUCUGUUUGUGUUUUGUAAUGGCACAUUCUCGCUCUUUUACUGUUUUUUUAUGCUUGAGUGUAUGAUCUACAAACGUAUAGAUAUUUCGAUUGAUACAAACACUUUGUGUAAUAAAACUGAAUUUCUUCCUAUUAACCUGUAAUGGAGCUCUGUUUUUUCCAUUUAAUCUGCUCAAAGAACAUGUGAUGAUGAUGAUUGUUUUGUUUCUUUGAAAACUCUGUUAGACUGAACAAAACGUUUACAAAGAAGAGAGACAAAAAGAAAGGAAGAGUAUUAGAGAUGUUGUCGUUUCUCGAGCUGAGUUUCAUGGCAAUGUGGGUCAAGCCAGUCUCUUGAAACACUUUUUGACAUGCUAGGGAGGAGAGAAAAAGGUAAACAAGAUGAUGGGUAGUGUUCGUCAACAACAAAGACGAGGGAGAAAGACAAACAAUAAAAAAUAUUAAUGAUUACAUUAUUACGUUUUUUAUGGUAAGAUAUUUUUGUGAAUUUUAACAAAAGGGAAAAUAGUAGAGUUGGUAUAACUAUACGUAAAUUUCUGAUUUUUAAUCUUCAACGUCUAUCUUUUGGCUUAUUCCAACAAUUAGUAUAUUCUGAGAGUUUGUGGUACAACAACAUGUUUAUACGUGUCUAUCUUCUGAGACCAUGUUUAUCGGGUGAAAUCCAAAAUGGGUUUCUAAAUUUUUUUUUGUCUUAUCUGAUUUAUAAAAAAAAAAAUUAAAAACGAGUCAAUCGCGGAUCGUCACGUGUCGGUGGAACACGCGUAAAGUGCAAUAACCCAAAAAUUAUCGAUCCUUAAUUCAUAUCUUUUGUUACCGAUUUUUGCCUCUAGGGUAGGACCCACGCGUUAAAGAAAGAUUACAGAACAAUUUCUUUUACGUAACUCUCUCCGAGAAGUAACAGCAGAGGACAAUGUCAAUGAGAAGAGAAAUACAAACAACAUGGAUGUAAAGUUGGUUCCAUAAAUUCUACGAUUUUCUAUAUAUAUCUCUAAACUAAUUGGUCAUCCGAACUAUUUAACUAAGUUUUACUAAGAAAAGUUUAUAUGCUUCAUAAAGUUCUUUAUGAACUUAACAAAAAAAAUAUAUUGGUUUAAAUUCUAUUAACAUAAAAAUACAUUAUCUUUUGUAGCAUCAAAAUCUACAUAUUAUGAUUUUAAAGUAACUAUUGGUUUGAAUCUAUUUUUAUAACUUUAUGUUAUAGUAUUAGACUGUAACGGAUUAUUAAUUUCAUAGUAUUUUUUUAAAUCCUACUUAAAUGAAUGAGUUUUACUUAAUCGGACAUUUAGUACGACCUUCAUUUCAUAUGGUUUAUUUGAUAAAGAUUUGGAUGAUAUGGUUUAUUUGAUAAAAUUUAAUAAAAUGUGUGUAUACUUAAAUAAUCAGUUUUAGAUUGUUAUGUUAUUUAACUAACUUUAUAAAACAAAUUAUAAAUUGAUUCAUUUUCCACAUUAUCUAAAUAAAUAGGUUUAAAAAUGUAUGAAAAGUACCAACGCAUUCAAAGACAAAUAUAUAAAGAUGAAAAAUAGUUCAUAAUUUUUGUAUUGAAUUUCAAUUGUAGUGUCGAGUAUUUUUAUUUUACUUGAUAAAAAUAUAACAAACACCAAAAAUGUAAAAUAAUUACAUUAAUGAAAAAAUAAAAGCAUUUUAUUAAUUUAUCAAAUCUUUGUUUCUAAUAAGAACAUCAUAAGCAAUAGUAAAAUUAAAAUUAUUUUUAGUUUAGGGUAAACUACAUAUUUUUACAUGUAUAUGAAAAUUCAAUAUAUCUUUUAAUUGAUCUUCACUUGCUUAAUAAAUAUUAAUAUAGACAAAGAUAAAUUAAUAACAACAUCAAUUACAAUAAUUGAUCUUUAAAAAACAUUGUAUCAUUUAUUAAUAAGUGUCUCAAAUUAAUAUCAUUUGCUUUUCUGAUACUAUUUAUGUGAUGUAAUAUAAUCUUUUUUGUAGUGUAUCAUACAUAUCUCUUGCAAAUGCAAAUCUAAAACGCAAACCACGAAAUCAUACAAAAAAUAAUAACUUAGAUCACAAGUAAUGUAUAUAUUCCGCCCGUAGGGCGGGCCGACCCUAGUAGAUUUAUAUAAACAAGACGACUAGAAGCAGAGUAGCAGACAAAUGGUGUCUCAUCAUGAAUGCUUAAUUCUUUUAAGUUCUCGACCUUUCUUCUUCCCUUAGUAAUUAUAGCUUCUCGUAAAUCAAGAAACACUGAUGAUAUUUCAAAUUAACAGGUUUAAACGAAAUAAUGUUAAAAUGUAAAAUGCCAAAAUACUAUUUAUGCAUGCAAAGUGCUGUCGUGGCUUCAUAUGCCAUCGUGGAAACUCUAAAGAAAAUCAAAUUCUAUUUACAAUAUUUUCUUGGUAUUGCUGAAAUUACAGAUCAUUUCAACAUUCUCUUUAACCUUUCGCCUUCGUCUGCUUAAGUAAACUGAUAAGCCAGAUUUGUACUCUUCAUCGUCGUUUCUCUUUGUUGAUUCCUUCUUAUCAUUUAGUUUGCCUUGUAAGUCAAGUUACGUAUUUGUGUAGCUAUGUUCUACUAUAAUACAUAAACUGCUAACUACGAACAUAACUAACGUUUCUCUUUGUUAUUAUGUUGCAGAAAGAUUCAAUAACAUGGAGAGGGAAGAGAACAAAAGUCUGAUUAAUGAAGUCUUCUCUUGGUCACUCCAAAAGAUUCUCAACAAAGACAUCUUCAAGGAACGUAUAAGGACGAUACCGGAGAAGUUCUGGUCCGUUGAUGAGUACCUUAACUGCUUCGUUCCUCACCUAUUAGAGGAAACACGAACAGAGUUGUGCUCAAGCUUGGGAACUUUAUCAAAAGCGCCUGUCUUCUACAUACGUUCUGUGGAGGCAAGGACAAUCAAAGAAACUAGUAGAAGAUCAAACCAUUUCAAUAUAUCACUAAAGGGAGUUAAUGUAGAAAGAAACAACACAAUCUAUGAGCCGAAAUGCGGAGACCUCAUUGCUCUCACAGGAGCAGGAAGGCCAAGAAGCGUUAACGACUUGAACCCACUGGUUCUUGCGUAUGUGUUCUCUGUUGAAGAUGAGACACACUUCUCUGUUCACUCUUCUGUGUCCAUAUCCAUUGAUGAGAGGUUUCCAUUUGGCUCUGGUGUUUUUCUCAUGACUUUGACCACUAACACUCGUAUCUGGAAAGCUUUGCACUACGAAGGUGGGAACAUGAGUCUCAUCAAGAGUGUUCUUCAGGCUAAUACCGAGCACUCUGUUUCUUCUAGGACUUGGGGGAAUAAUGUAACGGAUAUAAUACGUUCAACGAACUUAAACGCUUCUCAAGAAUCUGCAGUUUUGAGUUGCUUGGAAACAAGGAGUUUUAGUGAGAAGACUAGUGUGAAACUGAUAUGGGGACCACCCGGUACAGGCAAGACAAAGACGGUCGCUACUCUUCUCUUUGCCCUUCUCAACUUAGGUUGCAAAACAGUCGUGUGCGCUCCUACAAACACAGCUGUGGUUGGAGUUGCAUCGAGGCUAUUGGCAUUGGUUAAAGAAUAUUCUCCUUCAGGUCAUUCUACGUACGGUCUAGGGAAUAUCGUUUUAUCCGGAAACCGAGUUAGAAUGGGGAUAGACAGCAAGAACAAUGAUCUCCUCGAUGUGUUUCUCGAGCAUCGGAUCAGUAAACUGAGUAAACUGUCACUGUUAUUGUCUGGAUGGGAAUUGAGUUUGAGUUCUUUCAUAGAUUUUCUUGAGAAGGCUGAGUCUAAUUACAAGGCAUAUGUCUUGUCAAGCGAAAAGAAGAAAGGUGAAGACAAGAGAAGCUUUCUUGAAUCAUUUGGACAGUUCGUUAAGAAGAUGUUUUAUGGAUCUAGCCAAGAGUUGGAUAAGAAUAAAGAAAAGAUUCAUACAUUUGGAGAGUUUAUAAAGAAAGAGUUUCAUAUUUUAAGCCAAGAACUGGACAAGGUGAUGGAUCAUAUGGAGGAUCAUGUGGUGGAUAUGUACACACAUCUGCCUAAGUCUUUUAUAUCAUCUACUGAUGUGAAGAAAACGAUUACAGCCCGUCAAGCUCUUCAUAAUGCUAGGUCUUUCCUUAAGAAGAACUCAUCCAAACAUGAUUUUGAGAUUAGAAGCUUCGUACUUUAUUGCCUGGAGCCUCUACGUUUGCUUCCAAAACGUUUUAGGAUUCCAACCUUGUUGGAAAACGAGGAUGGGAUGAGAUUUUGCCUACAAAAUGCAUGCAUAAUCUUCUGCACUGCCUCUGGUGCUUCUCAAAUGACCGUUGAAAGGACAGGAUCUAUAGAACUACUUGUAGUUGACGAGGCAGCUCAACUUAAAGAAUGUGAAUCAGUUGCUGCAUUGCAACUUCAGGGCCUGCGCCAUGUUGUUCUAAUAGGUGAUGAGCUUCAGCUACCAGCUAUGGUACAAAGCGAGGUGUGUGAGAAGGCUAAGUUUGGGAGAAGCUUGUUUGAGAGAUUGGUAUUGCUUGGCCACAACAAACACUUGCUUGAUGUUCAGUACCGUAUGCAUCCCUCUAUAAGUCUCUUCCCCAACAUGGAGUUUUAUGGUGGGAAGAUCUCUGAUGCUGCCAUUGUUAAAGAAAGAGGCUAUCAAAAGAGGUUUCUUCAAGGGAACAUGUUUGGUUCUUUCUCGUUCAUCAACGUGGGACUUGGGAAAGAAGAGUUUGGUGAUGGGAAUAGUCCUAAGAACAUGGUUGAGGUCGCUGUGAUUUCCGAAAUUAUAUCCAAUCUUUUCAAAGUGUCAAGUGAGACGAAGACAAAGAUGAGCGUUGGGGUUAUUUCACCUUAUAAAGGUCAGAUAAGAGCAAUCCAGGAGAAGAUCGGAGAUAAGUUCAACUCCGUAUCAGAUCAGCUUUUCACUUUGAAUGUUCGGUCGGUUGAUGGGUUUCAAGGAGGAGAAGAAGAUGUAAUCAUCAUAUCAACCGUGAGAAGCAACGGUAAUGGAAAAAUAGGGUUUCUCAGUAACCAUCAAAGAGCCAACGUAGCACUCACUCGUGCAAGGCACUGCUUAUGGGUGGUUGGGAACGAGAGGACUCUAACUAUGAGCGGUUCGGUUUGGACAAAGCUCGUAAGGGACUCAAAGAGACGUGGUUGUUUCUAUGAUGCUAUUGAUGACAAGAAUCUAAGAGAUGCCAUGGAUGAUGCUAUGGUCAAGGUCGACAUGUCUGAUGCGUUUUCUAGUUUUAGUUCUCUUUCGAUCAGGAGAGGGAGAAUGAAUGCUUGAUGGCUCUUUUAAAUCUUUUUUGGGUUGUGAACUGUGAUAACUAGGGACGUAUUA